CGGGAAAUUUCACCAUCCAACAUGGCGUCGAAGCGGCCAACAUCAAGCCUGAAAAGCCAUUUUGAAUCAAGCAAAAAAGCACGGUCUUCUGCUGGCGGCAGUACUGAAGGUCACGAAGAAAACAAUGGUUUUGUGGAUGGUGCUAUAGUACGAGUGAAGAUGCGAAAUUUUGUGUAAGUUAAACGACUAGGGCGUAGCGCAGAGAGGACACGCGCUCACUGAUCGCUCACCGACUGUUUCUCUGACAGGGAAAUUUGUAUUCAUCAGUUAUACAUUUAUGUUCUCCUUCCUAAUCUGUACCAUACUGUUACGUUACUUUCUAUCACCUGAAAUUUCAAGCAGAAAGCUACGCAGAUGCCAUUUAUUUUUAAGGCUGCUAAGCUUAAGCCUAUGUUAUUGCAUAGUUAUUAGAGGAGACUGGUUAUGAAAAGCGGCAAACAUCAAUGAUAAAAACAACAGUGCUGCAGUUUAUGUUCAAAGCACCGUGAAAGUGCACAAUCUUUUGUUUUCUGUUGGCAAAUUGUUACGGAAUAAAUUAAUGCAACGUUUUUAUUGGUUAUUGAUAAAUUAACGUUGUGCAGCCACAAAAACAUAUAACAAAGGAGUCUGACGGGUUUCAUAACCAUUCCACUCAAUUAACUAUGGUUAUUGUAAUUAAUGUAGCAAAUUUGCGAUAAGGAUGAAGCAAGGCUUACCACAGGUAAAUGUGGCUUUGCGCUUUCUUAGUUAUAGUGAGAUGAUUUGUCACUCUAACUUGAAAAUUUGUGGAAAAAAUCCUUAAUUUAUUUGUAAAUCCUUAUAUGUAACCUCUUGCAAAAAAUCCCAAACAGGCCAUUUUACAGUUAUGGAUGGAAACGAGGCUGAGGGUGACCUUGUUUUGAUACAAACCUUCCUGCGUUAUUGUGCAAGUCAAGUUAUUCUUAUGCUAACUAGUAUUUUUCAAGAACAAUUUCCAUAACAAAGCAAAGAAGGUUUGUAUGAUAACAAAGUCACCCUCAGCCUCGCUUCCAUCCGUAACUGUAAAAUUGGCCUAUUGCUACAUUUUACGAUGUCAGCUGGCGUAUCUUUCUCCACGAAAUGUUGCUUGAAAUCCACAUGUGCAUUUCAGGUGAUCAAAAGUAACACAACAGUAUGCACAGGUUAGGUAGGAGAACGCACAUGUGUGACUUACCAAUGCAAAUUUCCCUGUAAGAGCUUGAGAAACAUUCAGUGAGUGAUCAGUGUGGAUGUGCCUUCUCUAAUGUGCUUAAGUUGUAGUCUCUCAUGCUUUUUUUCUACACUUUUUGGGGGCAAGAAUGCAAUCAUGAUAGAAUUUAUAAGAAGACAUAUAAUAAAAAGAAGUAAAAGUAAUAUUAAACCCAUCAACAAUAGAUGGGUGUGGGGAAGGUGCCUGAAGAAGCAUAAGGGGCGAUCUUUCAAGGUAACCAUGACAACCCUGAGAGCGGCACCCACCAGGUACUGUCACACUGAGAACCACAGUGGAAAGAGGUGCAAAUACUUACCAAAACAGCAUCCAGAGAGGUGGGAGGGUUGGGGGCAAAAAACAACUAUAACUUCUGCACGCAAAAGCAACAUGAACAAAAUGAAGCAGGAUAAACCCCAAUACCGCCCCACAUACGAUUAGUGGUGGAGAAUGCUGGCCAGCAUUGUCUCACCUUUAACCUCGCCUAAAUUACAUUUAGCCACAUUUAAUUUUUGUCACAAGAAUAAUUAAAAACAGUUGCUGUUCACUCAAAGGGCAAGUGCAAACAGGACCCUAGACCCAUGCAAGGCACCGCCCUGUUGUUACUUACAAUUACAAUUUCAAUUUCAAUGCUGUUAAAUUGCUCAUUUACCCUUGAAAAAAAUUUAAUUCAAACCUUAGAUGUACAUCAAAAGUCAAAAAAAAGGUACAAGAGAGUGGAGGUGGUAGGCACAGUCACUUCAACCUGUGACAGGGACAGGUCAUCACUAAUGUCCACUUGCAAGAUCUUUCCACCUCAUUAGUACAUGUAUUAACCAGAGUGGUGAACAUAGUUUUAUAAACAAACUGCUUAAAAGAUUGCAUACUAGAGAAACUACUAGGGGACUUAAGUGAAGAAACAAAAUUCCAUAACUUAGUAAUAGGAUUAAAAUAGGAAGCCUUUAAUAAAAGUACUGGUUGUGCAAAGAGGAGUUUUAAGGUUGAAAGGAUUGCUAUCAAUAAACCAACUGUCAUUCUUAAAUUUAGCAAUUUGUGAUAAGUAUACAUGUCAGCUUAUUAAAGCUAUUUUGAUCAUGAGUAGCAUGAUGUUGGUACCAGUCACUUGUGUGGUGUACUUGCAUGCCCAGAGAUAUUUCCUACUGUAUAUGCAAUUAGUAGGCGGGGAAAUGAAUCAAAGUAAAACGAUGGGGAACCCAUGGAUAAUUGUUUAGAAAAUCCUCUUGCUCCCUCCCACAUCUUUGACCUUGAAGCUUUUGCGCCACUGUAUCUCAACCACGAGCGAAAAACAUACCAAACAACUACCUGCUAUGCAGGUUACUACUAGUAGAAGAGAACUGAAUUGCUCGGGAAGCAACCGACUCUUGUGCUAAAUUUUGUAAUGAAAACUACUGAUAAGGGUACAGGUUGUGCAUUUCAAUGCCUUGAUAAAUUUCCAAGAUCAAUAUGAUUACACUCUAUAAGUGUAUGUAUGCGAUUCAUUUUAAGCAAAAAGAUUAGCAGGAACUCUUCAAGAUUUAUCCUAUGUUUGAGAUACCGGUUGGAGUAAACAAGUGUUGGAAUGCACGCGACACAUUUAAAAAUUAAGGCUCCUUACUUUUCCUGUUUAAAUUCCUAAUCAAAAAUGAGUAUUUAAUUGCAGGAUAUAGAGGAAGUUAACACUUCUUACACAGGUUUAUUCUUGAGUGCAACCUUGUGGGAUUUACGCAAUAUUAUUUGGAAAAAAAUGCCGCAUAAAAUUUACGUUGCCGCGUCAAAUGGGUCACAAAAAAAAUGGACCCAAGGAUAAGUACUUUUUUCAAAAUAAAGUAUUCGAAAACAUGACUGGCAACAGCACUGAUUUGAUGGCCACUCUAUAACCUUACUUUGAACUUUUAUAGCCUCUUACUGUCUCAAUUGCUUUUCUCUUCUUCAUUUGAAUCAUUAUUUUACUAGACAAACAUCUGGGAUGUGCAGUAAUUUUAGCCCAGGCUUUUUCAGUUGCCCAGAAUGUUCCAAAAUUGCGGCAAAGCAUCCAGCAAGUGUGACCCAUGUAGAAUGUCAAAAGUCUCAAAAAGCACUCAGUUUUUUUGGAUUUGGAGCCCCCGUUCUUGGCCCCAUUUCUUGAAAAAGGGUCCUCAAAAAUUAAAGAAGGGGGCCCAUUUGACCCUCAUGAUCAGUGGCCAAUUUCUAGAAUAAACCCUGCUCACAUGUCGACACUAUGAAUGCAAAUAAUGUUUCAGGGGGAAAAAGUAAGAAACAGCAAAGAUUCUCUCAUGAGGAUGCAUGACUGAAUCAGGGUGUUCAAUAGGCAUCAGAGGUCGGAGAAUUCUCGGUUUGUUGCCCAGAAUUCUCCAGCCAACGUUCGAUAGCCUAUGACUAUAUUUUAUUCAGACAUGGAGCCUGUUUCCAAUUUAUAUUAUCCAGUGACCUUACACCUGUCUCCUGCUAUUGGAGUUUUAAAUGAAAACCCUGCUGAAUGCACAACUUAGGUGCCCCUCAGCAACAACUAUGUCGUUUUCAUAUCGUCAGUGAAUUUGGAUCAGAGCUGAAGAGCCGAUCUCUGUCGACGGAAAGUGAGCUAGUGACACAUUUGGAUAUCAAAACCCAUCACAAAUACCCUUUGGAAACCCUUUGGGUAUCCAUGCUUUAAAAACUAGGAUUUUUGUUCAGUUUUUGUUUUGAUUGAUUGAUUGAUUGAUUCUAUUUUGAUUCCUUUUGUUUCCUAUGAACAUAGCCAAGGGUCAUGCUCAUAGUAGCUUGGAGAAAUCCCCAGCCACUGGCCUUUAAUGACACCCAUGUUGCUGACAAAGAAAAAAUAUGAAUCUGAUGAAAAAAAUGCGGGUCUCAAAGUCUCCGAUUUGAAGACUUGUAGCUUGUCUUGUAUUCUUGUUUACGAAGGUCAAGAAUGAGAAUUCAUGAGGGAGGGCAAGCUUAUUUUUGUGAUGCCAUGAUCAACCAUUUUUGGUGUCUGUGAAUCGUGAUGUACUGAUUGUUAUGCUUACACCUUACAGGACCUACGAAGACUGUGAGUUCAGGCCAGGACCUCAUUUAAAUGUUCUCUUAGGGCCAAAUGGUAUGAAGCUUAUGUUCUAUUCCAGUGUACAUGCAUAACUUUAAAACCUUCAAAAAAAUUGCCGUGUAUCUAGUACAUUAUACUCCUGACCUUUAGAGUUUGGGUCAUUUUCCUCCAAUGAAAAGGUUGUUAUUUAAAUCAACUAUUGCUGAUCUUUGUCUAACUUCAGCUGGCAUUCAAAAGGCCAUUGCGGUGCUUCAGUAUUCAAACUGCUGCAUGUGAUUAAAUGGUAUCCAUGGUUGGAGUUUAUGGUUGUUAUUUUUGUUUCAUAUUGCCUAAACAAGCUUUAUCCUUUUGUCAAUAGGUACUGGUAAAUCUUCUAUUGUGUGUGCAAUGUGCCUUGGUCUUGCAGGCCAUACUAAGCUGCUUGGUCGUGCUACUGAGGUAUGUUGGUGAAAUUAAAUAAUAAUGUCAAUGCAGUAAUGCAGCAAUCGUGGAAAGGAAAGAAUAGAAACAAGUAAAGUGCUGUUACAGUACAUAUAUUGCACCUUAUUAUUGUGUCCAUGUAUACUACAUGUACUGUGGCCAUUAUAGUAAACUACAAGCAACAUUAAAUUUUGCUUGUAGUUUGCUGUUACAUGUAGUAUCAUGAAUGAAUAAUGACCUCUACUUUCUUUUUCUUCCAUGUUUUUUUAUUCCGUCUACAUUUAGAAGUGGUGGAACUGGCCACUGAUUUUUUUCCCCAUCCACCUUUAAUAGUGUUGUCUAUUUCAAAAUGUGAUUGAGUGAGGUGUUUGAUAUGUGAUAAAUUACAAAAAAACUCACAAGUUUUUACUGACAUUUUAAUAUUCACAAUACUAGGUAAGGGAUUUUAUCAAGCAUGGAGCAACACAAGCCAUGACUGAAAUUGAACUGUAAGUACACUCAUGCAAGGCAUGUUCUUUGCAAAGUACAUGUAUUGUGACUUAGAAAAAGUUACAUGAAAACUUAUUGCAAUAAGCGUAAUUCUUAAAAACCCUCUUUUCAAUCGGACAAUUUGCCGUAGUCGAUCAGCCAAUUCCUAGCGUGCCUAUCCCCACCACCCCACCCCCGCCCCCCAGCAUUUGUCAACUUGUCAGUUCCGGCAGUGGGUAAUUUGUCAAUUCUACUACAAGUAGUUGACAUUGUUCCUUUUUCAAUAUUUCACUUAAAGUGUUCCUAUUUAGAAAGCUAUAAAAAUUUCUGUAAAGAAUAUUUUUAAUACAUGUACAUAUGCUUUAAAAAGAUACAUGAGGUUUUUGCUUCAUCAUUACCCUACUGCACAGUAUUUUUGGCAUCCGUCGAAGAAAUUGCUUACUGUCUUUGUCAUCAGUUUGUACAUGGAGGAAAAAAAAUCAAUGCAUCGUUUAAGAGUUUAAAGGAAAGACGCUUUCUUUUUGAGCAAAUGAUUGAGGUAGAAAGGCCUAGAAAACCUCUGCGAGAUAUUUGAAAGCUAACAUGAACUUCGUGUUUCGUGUGAUCAAUGCAAUGAUUAAUAUGUUGACAGUAACUAAAAUCAGUUUCAAAUCAGGGAACAUUUUGUAGUUUUUCUUUCACGCUGAUGUCAAAAUGUACAAAAAAUCUAUGAAACCUUUAUAAAUUCAAAAAUUUCUCUUUUAGAAACUUACUUUCCUUGACUAUAGAGUACAGAAAACAUGGGUGCCUUGGGUGGUCCAAAACAAGCCAAGUGCUCUGCCAUGAAGAAAACAAGGUCAAAUUCCUUUCCAUUUGUGUCUUUUGUCGGUGCAUUUUCAUUUUUGAAUUGCAAAAUUUUGGUCUUGAAAACCACCGCAUGGUAAGCACACACCAGCCAUUUUGUUGAAAAUGUACAUUGUAUGUCCUUCACUAAUGUAUCAAAUCUAUUUCUUCCCCCAACAAAUAUGUAUGUUCACUAAACAGAUUCUGAUUGGUCAAUUAUUCCUAAAGCCUUUUGAAACAACAGCAACAAACUCUCUAGGGGAGGGGUGAAUUCAUAUCUACAGGGUGUAGUUAGACUUACCCUAAAAGAAUGUACGGACAGGUUCGAUAUGUUCCCAUUUUUCCAUUCAAUGUAGCAUUGUUGCUCUGCCACAUGCAUGAAGUCACGCGGGGGCUCUACUAAGAAAAUGAAAUUAUACUUGUACAUGUACAUGAAUUCCCCUCCUCUACCCCCAGACCCCUAGUCAUUUGUAUUAUGCUUUUUUUACUGCUGCCUGGAGCUAUGGAACACCUUGCUAUAUUCUCAUCAGUCUUGUAACCAUUGUACUGUCAUUUGACUGCUAAUACAGUGGUUACAGUUCUAUGUACAAGAGAUCAUUUAAUAGCGGGUUGCUCGUCCCAUUUGCUAUCCUACUUCAGAAAGUAUCGCUGUACGGUGCAACUCAUUUUUUUUGUGUGUGUGUUGUUUCCAGAUAUAAUUCAACUGGUGGGAAUUAUGUGGUAACCCGAGACAUGUACAGAAGUGAAAAUAACUCCAAAUGGAGAAUCAAUGGGAAAAAUGCCACCAUGAAGGAGGUACAUUUUAGUGUAUACAGUGUAGCUCUUUACAAUCAAGAGUGAUUUGUAAGCAUUGUUUUAUGUUUAGAGAAGUUCAGGAUCUCUAUUUGCAGCUGUUCACACGGUUUUGUCAGCAGGUUCAAAGUUCCAGGUGGAUGCUACUUGUGUACAUGUAGCUGAAGUCUGAGUUUGAUUUCUUCAUUGCAGGUGUUUGUUUUGUAUUUAGUCUUUCUCCAAAUUUACUUGUGCACUAUACAAUGUACAACUGUAGCUUGCAUUUCUGUUUGGUUUGAAAACAGUUUGAUUGUUUGUUAUCUGUACUGAAACUGUCAUUUUGACUUUGACUUUUUUUUAUUUUAACUAUUAUUUUUUGCUAUGCCAAGGUGCUUUUAAAACAUGAACUAUUGUUGUAUUUUAAAUAAAAGUUUCUAGUUCCUCAGACAAAAUAAUAACCACAACUAACCCCUUGUCUUGUACUUGUGCUAUUAUAAUAAACAGGGUAAACAAAAGUAAAAGCAAGAUAAAGUAGAUAAAAUUAUUUCCGGUAAUUGUUACCGCAGUCAUUACAGCUGUGGUGCUUAAAUUUACUACUGCUUUUUUCAUUGUGUGUGUGUUGUCAAAAUAGAAUAUAUUUAUAAAUUUAAUGUGUAUAAAAUGUUACGUUGUUUAUCAGGUUCAAGAGUUGACCAAAAAACUGAAUGUACAAAUUGGUAACCUGUGUCAAUUCCUACCCCAGGUAUUAUGCUGAUGUGAUUUAAGACUUGAGACAAAAUAAUAAUUCAUUAAUGUUGAUAGUUUUUUUCCUUGUCUAUACACCAUGGUACUCGUGAAGCAGAUUGAUUCUUAUGUUGUGCUUUAGUUGCUUGUAUAAUUUCUGCCGUUGAAACAAACAUAUACUACUCAUUAAAAUCAUCAGGACAAAGUAGCAGAAUUUGCAAAGAUGACUCAACAACAGCUGUUAGAGGCAACAGAGAAAGCAGUAAGUUGUCAGAAUACCUACCACUAUUAUUCAUACCUCUUAUGAGCUGUGGAAAUAUAGAGAAAGCUGUAGGUGCCCUUCAAAGGAUUGAUAAAAUAAAAUUAUAUAUUAAUUGUACAAUAAUUUAAGCAAGAAAAAGUGCAGCAACUUUCACAUGUUCCGUAGACAGGACUUGAAAACAAUUUGAAUUCCAGCUUGUCUUUUGGACAAGCAGUUCUCACAUUGUGUUCACUUAGGCCCACUUCUUACUUGUCUUAAGUAAUAAUUUUGUUGGAGGAUGACUUUCCUAGACCCUGGCCCAUUGGACAAAUAAUCUUUAAAAGUUUCUUGCCCAGCAAAAAAAUCUAUUUGUACUGGACUACCAGACAGGAUUUUUCCGAGCUCUGAGUAGAGUAGAAGCUUUUUUGACUGAAUUAAAGGAAACAGAGGUUUGUUCCUACAAACCAGAAAAUUGACCAACUACAUGAAUUGAACAGCAAAUGACUUAUAUAUAAUUAGGCUUAUAAUCUAUCUAUUUUGGGCGCACUUGACCAAUUUGUUGAGUCUGUUGAGUCUGUCCCAUUCCUGUCUGUUAUCCCUGACAAAUGAAAGUUCUUGCCUCAUAAGACUGGUAUCGCUCUCUAGGUGCCCCUAAUAAAGCACUAUAAUAUUAUUGAUAAAAACAGAAUGUACAAUAUUUUAAAUUUUAUUCAAUUUCUUUUUCAAAAGUUAAAGCCAAGGCUUGCUUAACUCUCCUUUGUGUUCCAGGUUGGUCCACCAGAAAUGUUUGACAAUCACCAGAGGCUCAUUGAACUGAGGAAGCAAGAGAAAGAACUUGAGGUCAGUUGAUUCACACUAGAAAGGAUGGCAGGGACUUGCUCUAGGUGUCCAUCUUAAAUAGAUGUUUGGAUGUUUUUAAAUGGAUGUUUUUUUACAGCUGUAAAUGCUGCCUUUAUAGCAGUUUGUUGUUUCCAAACUGAACAGCAAUCAAAGUUCACUUCAGGCACGCAUUCAUUCAACAUGCAACCUCACGAGAGAACCGGGGAAAUGAGGUUGUCACAUGGUUGUCACUCUAGGACACAGUCCAACUUAGAUUACUGAAGCUGAACUGGCUAUUUUUCAAAUUGAAUCAUGGAUAUGCAAAUCAUGUUUUGACAGGUACAUAGACAGUGGUGGAUCCAGGGGAGAGGCCUUUCCAGGUAUCACCACUUGAUCGGCAAAGCCACCAGGCGCCCCCAGAAUCUUCUAUUUUUAGAAAAAGUGCUUGUAAACUGAGGGCCAAAGUUUAUUUUUUUUUGGGACCGAAUGCUCGCAAUGACGGAUCUGGCACUGGUAGAAAUGUACAUAUAUACACAGCAGUAUGAAUUUUUCUUGGGUAUUAUCAUUUCAAGUUAAAGUAAGAUUUUCUUUUUUCUCACAUGAAUUCUCUGUUUUCUAAACAAUGUACCCAUAAUUACCCCAUAGUUUUUACUCUGGUUGUUUACUUGUUUACUUGAUAAAGAACAAUAAUUACUCACAUGGGUAUUCACUUCAGUGGAGGGGGCUAGUGGUGCCAAUUUACUGAGCUGCAAAGGUCUUGCAUUUUAUUCUGUUCUAUUGUUGACUUUUCGGGAUCUUUUUAGGUUUCUCUUAGAAACAACAAAGAACAUCUUGAAAAGCUUGAGCAACAGAAUGAGCGUCUUGAGCAGGAUGUUAAAAGGUAUCAGGAAAGAGAACGCCACUUGCAGAAAGUUCAGAUUCUGGAGAAGAAAAGACCUUGGGCAGUAAGUAGUUUGAGUCACAGCAAAAACACUUGUGUUAACAUAGUGCAUUGAAUAUGUAUACAACAUGUAUGUAUAAUCUGUAGCAAAUAAUAAUUCACUGGUACUAUUAUUGUGCUAGUUGUUGUGGGCAACAAGGGGAGCCCGCAAUCCUAAUCUCCAGGUUGUUAUUAUGCAUGCGUUGCAUGUAUGUGGACAGCACUUGUUUGGACUUCCAUUAAGAAUGAAUGGAAUGCACAGAAUGCAGUUUGAUCAUGCAGGUUUUGACCUUCUACACCUGGUAAUAUGAUCACACGUGUUUUGACCAUCUGUCACGAGAAACCUACACAAAGCACUCACUGUGUUUGUGUUAGAGCAAAAGCGUUUAACCUUAGAUCAUUGUCGCCUUCACUCCGUAACCUUUCGUUGUUACUAGUACAUGUACAACUAACUGUUCUCAUAUUGUUUUGAUGUUCUUGUACUAAAGGAAUAUGAGGCAGCACGUAAGCUGUUUGUGGAAAUCAAAAAGAAAAAAGAUGAAGUCAAGAAAAGCCUGGAGGAAGCCAGGAAACAAAAUGGUCCAAUGCAAAAACGUCUUGAUGAGGUUAUGCGGAAAGCCAGAGAGCUUGAAGAGUCUACCCGAGAGUUGGUGAGGAAACUAAUUUUUUCUUAUUAUUUGACUUAUCCCUCAUAAUUUUAUUUGAGUUUAUCUCCCCUUUACACUAUUUGUCUUGUUGUGUUUUUAUUAUACUGUCUAAUGUUUAUUAUGUGGCAAAAGUAACUACAAUAUCAAUGAAGGGUUAUCUAGUCAAGGCUCCAAACUUGAAAUACAUUAUAUGUACACGAACGUUUAGAGAUUACUGUAAAAUGUUGUAAUAUUGGUUUUUGUUUAUUCCCAAUGUAGAUGCAGAAAGGUAAUGAGGUGUUGAAAAAAGCAAAAGCAAAGAGUGAACAGAUUGAGAAAAAAGGUGACAAGGUAAGUGUCAAGUCUGUAAAUAACUCUCAAUGUGUUAUGUAGUUGUGAUUGUUGCUAAUUUUGACUUGCUACAACUUUAUUUUAAAAAAUAAUGAAUUUCAGUUAAUCCAAAGUGUUUUGAUUGACAGAUAGAAGAGUUACAGGGAGAAUUGAAAGAUUUGAAGGAAGAAGAAAAGAAAAGACAAAAGAAGUAAAAUUAUAUUCACUGUUACGGAAAACAUUUUUUAAUACUCUGUUAAUGAUUCCAGAAUUUUUAGACAAUAUUUUAAAAUUACAGCUCCUAAGUUUCUAAACACAGCCAAAUUUUCCUGAAAAUUCACCCUUACUAUUCCAAAGCCAGUAAUGAAGGUCUGAAAUGUAAUAAUCUCCAGAUGAAAUCCUACAGCUGUAUAGUACCUUUUGGUCAUACCUUUAAAAGAUGUGCCUUAUAAUUAGUAGUAUUAUUAUUAUAACCAUUAUCAUUAUUUUUCAUUUUUAUGAUGCACCUGUACUUAUAAGGGAGUUAAAGAUAGCAUGAUUUUGCAUUUUUCCAAUAAAUUGUCAUCGCAAUUUUCCAUGUGAUAUGAUUAUUCCAACUUGCUCACUUUGUCAAACCUGGGCAAACCCUUCUGCGGUUGAAUUCCAAAGAAUCAUAUCCAGUGUCAGAAAAAGUUGGGAAAGAAAAUUUUGUGAUUUCUUGUUUACAUUCUGGAGCCAUCAAAUGAGAAAUAAGUCGUUUUCAUAUCCUAGUAAGUCAUGCAGUGACAGCAAACAAAUGUUGAGGGACUUGUUGGACUUGUCAAGAGACAUCUUUGGUCUCUUACGUUGAAAGAAUUUAAAAUGCUUGAAAAGUCCCAGUGACUUGUUUGUAACACUAUUUCAAUGUUAAAUUUCUUUUCUGUUAAGGAGAAAUUUUCAUAUUUUUUUUCAUACUUAUUCCUUUUUGUAGGAUAACUGACCUUGAGAGAACAAUACAAGGAUUUCAAAAUGAGUUAGAUAAUCUCCCAGACCCAUCUGAACUGCAGGUAAUUAAAAUACAUGCACAGUAGUAUUAGGUGGCAAUUCCUUUUGACUUUAACUGUCCAAAGUUUCCUCAUGAUCAGUUUGCCUUUUAAAAAUCAAUAUAAUAAUUACACGCUGUGAUGCUUGAUUAAGAGUUAAUCUAUCAAUUGGUCAAAUUAUGAAAAAAAAAGAAAUUAUGUUGAUAUUUUCAACAAUCUUCAUUUUUCUUUAGUUUAUGUUAUUUGAUUUUAUUGCUAUCACUGCUUCAAUCUUCUUUAAAGUGGCCAUGGCAGGGAUUAUUAAGAGCGUGAAUUCAAAACAAUUUUUGUUUUGUGCCCCCUUGUAUUAACAUACACCAGGACAAAUUUUGGGGAACAGUUUACUGUAAAGCUUUUUUCUCUUCUCAGCCUCGCAUUGAUGAACUCAACACCCAAGCACGGCAAAAGAAUCGUGAAGUGAUGACUAUUCAAAAUCAAGCUCGUGGAAUUAGAGAGGACUCUGAUCGUUUGAAGGUACAAAGUCAAGGUGAGCUAAGGUUUGACUAACUUUCUUUGACAAUGCAGGUACAUUCCACAGGUAGCAUUUCUUUAAUUGGGCAGGCUCUGAGAAUGAGAGAAACAAAAUUCAACAGGUAUUCUGUUUCAUAAAUCAGUACAAUCAUAGGUUGUAUUUUAUCAAAGAUUUGGUGGUGUGUCCAUUUUACUCUCUGGAACUGGUUCAUCAGGUGCAUUGUAUUUGGCAAACCAGAACCGCAACACGGAGUUUUGCAUAAAGGCAUAGAAAAAUGAUUAUCAGGCAGUUUUCAAGUUUGUUUGUUUUAAAUGGCUGUAAGUAUUAGAAUUAAAACAAUUCGAAUAUACCCAGAUCUGAAUCCAGAUCUUCCAAAAGGAUUUUAUAGGGAAGUCCUCCAACCUGGUAACACUGUGCUAAAAUUUCGUCACUGAAGAAGGGUGCAAUGAUAGGCGUAAAAGGGAUUCUUACAUGUAUUAGUAAAGCAGUCCAGAAUGAUUGAAGCUGAGACAAACUACUGCAGGGGUUAUUGCAGUGUUGCAGCUUAUAAUGCUUGCCAUUUCAAUUGAAAAAGUAUUUGUCCACUACUUGUCCAGUUCUGAUCAAUCAGUGGGUUCAGAUAUUUACAAGACAAUGCUUGUACCUCCUGAGUAAAUAUCACCUUUUUUAAUUUCUAUUUUUGUUAUCUUUUUUCCCUUUUUAUCCCAGAUGUCAAAAGCAGAAUCACUAAACUUGAAGAUAUGAAGAAUCUUCGCUUAGAAUUCUUGCGCAAUAAAUUCCGGGACACUUACAAUGCAGUGAUAUGGCUCCGGGCAAAUCAGCACCUGUUUAGUAGUCCUGUGCAUGAACCCAUCCUACUUCAGGUAAGGGAUUGUACACUGUGUAGUCCUCACUUAGGGAAUCUACUUGUAGCAGCCUUAAUAUGGCACUUUGUAUGUCACAUGGUCUAAAGUUGAUCUUUAAAAAUUUUCUUACAAAGACAAUGCAUGGCAGGGUUGCUAGAAAGUUUUGAAGUAGAUGGUUGAGUUGUCAAAUUAAGUGGCCAGACCAGGGUUAUUUUAAUUAAAAAACGCCCUCCGUAAAGAAAUGCCAAGCAGAAUAGCCGGCUGAUACUAAUCAAGUAGGCGGUGAUUUUUGUCGGCAGCCGGCUACUUUUGACAACCCCGCAAUGGUACUGUUGUUAAUGGCAAAGCCUUAAGUUUAAUAAUAAUAUAGAGUAUGUGCCCGGCGGCCAUAUUGGAGGAGUAAAACAAUAAAACUAUUUUCCUUUGGGAAAAAGUUUCAUUCUCAUGCAAAAAUAUUUUUAUUGUUUACUCCUCCAACAUGGCCGCCGUGCACAGACCCUAUUACAACAAAAAAAUAAUCAUAAACACAUUGACUAAUCUCUUGGACUUACAGCUUACUGUACUUGAAAGGUGCUAUACUACAUGUAGAACACCCUCUUUGGCUUCUAAUUUGUCAUUUUUCAGGUUGAAAUGAAGAAUGUAAGAGAUGCCAAAUAUAUAGAAAGCCUGAUCAGUCAGAAUGACCUGAGAGCCUUUGUUUGUAGUAACAGGGAAGAUUUGAAGCUCUUUUUAAAUGAGGUUUGUCACUGUUACUUUUCAAGCUUCAACAUGUAGAUUUUUUGACUAAUAAUCACAGCAGCUGUUUGAACUUCCCGUCAAAACCUAUAGAUUUAUACUAGUUGCUUAUUCACUUAUUGCCAAUUUAAAUAUAACAAAUUAAUGACAUUGGAAAAAAUCAUUUAAUAUUUAUUGUUACAUUUAGCAAAAUAAUUUUGUAGGUUUAUUGCUUUUUUUAAUUACAUAGUCUUCAGGGUAAGAGUCUUGGAAUCAUGGUCAAGUGAGAGGAGAGGUUUUGGUUUAGUUCCCAACCCCUUUGAAAUUCACGUUAGCUUUACCCUUUCCUUUUGCUUGUACCCCCUGCCCCCACCCCCUCCUCCCAUUCCCCCUCAAGUUGUUGAAGUUAUUGUGUAAAUUUAAUAUCGCACAUUAUAUCUUCUUGGAAAUAGGUGCGUGAUAAGCAAGGAUUAAGAGUGAAUGGCGUGGCACCACCAGAUGAACCUUUGGAAAGCUUUAAACCAUCACGAUCAUUGAAAGAGAUAGGGUCUGUUUUCCAUGUAAAUUUUAGGUCAAGGUGGCUCCCUAGAGUAUUUACUAAUAACCCUUAGCUAUCUAGCAUACGUUACAGAACGAAAUCUAGUUACUUUGUCUUUGCGAUUUUGUUCACCAGAUUCACCGCUAAGGUUACCCAUAUAAGAAGGCUCCUUUAUCAAGUUUCGUUUUCUGGAUUAAGGCCGUUGCCAUGGCAACAUCGCAUCCUUAGACAGGCAGUAAUUUUGUCAUUUUUGAUCAUUUUUUCUUAAUAUUUCUUAUUUCCCUCGGUGAAAUGUCUUUAAACUUUGCCACUUUAUAUUAACGAUAUUGCUUAACAUUUUAUAGUGGAAAAAACAUGGGGUCGUUAAGACGGUUUUGCCAAUAUUUUGAAAUUUGUAAUUUUUCUUAAUGGAGGAAUUUAGCUCUUACAGAUUUUAAUAGGACAGUACAAAGGUACUGCAACUGUUAAGAAAUGAGGCGAUUUUUAAAAAAUUUUACCGAAGGAAACGCGAGAAAUUCACAGUUAAUUAACUACGUUGACGUCACAAAAAUCUGAAAAACAUGCGUGGUUUGGGGUUGUAUGAGCAAAAUACGCGCGUGAGCCAUCACGCCCGCAUGCGCCUUAUACACAAAGCUACUGAAAACAUGUGGUGUCUUUGAAGAGAACGAAAGCCAUUGUUUUGAAGCCGUUUAUUAGUAUUGUUACGGUGAUAUCUUGCCAGUUGAAAAAGGAGAGAUAGUGGAUUCAAUUUUAUACCCAACACAGGAUGUUUUCUUCGAAGUACUUGACUUUUGUAGCUAAAAUUCGAACCGUGGUGGUCACUCAUGAGGAUGGCGAUCGUCGGCGAUGAAGACGGUGGUUGUGCAAGGAUCGCAAUAAGCCCUUCAUUUCCUAAUCUGCUGUACACUGUACAGAUCUUCAAUUGUCAGCCCUCUUCCGGAUACUUUUUCAACCUUGUUCUUCUUUAGGGAUAAUUUCGACGGCAAAGUUUUUCUGUAAAAGUCUGGUGUAAAAGAUGGCGCUGAUCUUUAAAUCGUACAUCAUGUCCUCAGCUACAUGUACAAGGGUCAACAUCGUCAAGGGUCAAUCUGUGAGUAAAAAUUAUUUCUCAUUGUGCAAGAACAUUGUCCAUUUACUUCGACUAUUUAACAUUUGUCUACUAUUGAAGCGAAAGAAUUGAUGUCUUUGGAAAAUUUCUGCUUUGUUUUUACAUACAAUUUACUCUUUUGGAGAUCGAUAGUGACUUGUAACCGGUGUAACAUUGUCUCCUCUCAUAAAUGUUUGACCUACACUAAUCAAACGCUUUGCACAAUGAGCUUCAAUAGAAAGUUAAUAAAGCUUUUUGGGGGAAUAUUGCAAAACUGAGAGGCCAUGUUUGUUUUAAUUUUUGCGUGGACGUCACGCAGAUUUUAAAGCUCGCGCCAUACUAGUGCUUAGGCUGCGCAUGGCCAAUUUACUCUAGGGAGCCACCUUAAGCCAGGUUCCAACAGACUUUUCAUGAGCUGUACCUAAAACUAACUUAAGUACUUGAAAAGUUUGGGGUCUGAAUCAAUCAAGAUCCGCAGUUUCAAUUUGGAAAAGCUCAGCCUUUCUUCCCGCCUGACCUGGCCGGGAAGUUUGACUUUGGAGCGACUUGAUUUGAAUGCUGAACUUUUCAUGUGCUGAACCUGGUGCAUAAAUUAUCAUAACUUAUUUUGCAAGCAGUUUGAAAGAAAUACAGUGUAAGCAGUUUUUUCAUUUUGAAUUAAGUUUGGCUGGAAUUAAGAUCGGUGUCUAAAUUCAGCCGGUCAUAAUAAUUUGGGUCGAUCUUAAUUCAAAUUACGUUUAGCUCAUAAAAAAUUUGUCACCUGAGCCCAGCAUUAAAACUCUCAUUUUUUAUUGUUUGAUUGUGCUCAGAUGAUGUUUUGCAAACUGGAAAAUAAAUCAUUGUUCUCUUUAGUGUUUACACAACAAUUAUUGUUGUGUAAACACUAAAGAGAACAACGAAAUAAAAUAAUAAUUAUUUAUUUAUUAAACAGUUACUGUUAGCUGAAAAAUAUUAACAGAAAUGUGCACUGAAAAAACAACUUUCUUUUGUAAAAUAGUAGGAACAACAAUAAUGAUGAUGAUAAUAGUAGUACUAAUAAUAUUAGUAUUUAUAAAAUAAUUAUUGUAAUAAUAUUAGUAGUAAUUAAAUAUUUUUGUAAAAAUACUGUCCUUUUGUCAUGCAAUGAGUACAGCUACUAUAACUGUUAACUAACUCAAAAGUAAUACUGAUUAUAUUCCUCUGCAGACGUUGGGGUUUCCAUGGCUACAUGAAGGACUUGUUUACUGCUCAUGAUGAUGUGAUGAGGUAUCUGUGCCAGAAUAACAAUAUUCAUGACAUUCCUCUUGGAAAUGAUUGGACAGAAAAGAAUGCAGAUAAGGUGAGACGAUGGGUGAAGAACAUGCUUUGAUGGAACAUUUUAAGAUACCACCACUUGUAGGUAGUUUGAGAAAGUAAAGGCCUUUAAAUUGCUGUAGUAGUCCUUUGAUUCAGAAAGUACUUUUGAACAUUUUGAUUUUGGGGUUAAAUAACUUCUUCCCCACACCCCCCUCCCACCAGUCACGGUUGCAUACCCUUGGCCCCUUACCAUGUACUUGAAUUCUCCUUUGCGAGCAGAGGCGAAUGGAUCAUGUGAGGGUACCCAAAAACAGUUACAUUUUGGAAUAUCCCUGAAAUUUAGUUAGCGGCAAAAUGCAAGACCCGUUUCAUUAAAAAAUCAGCCAGUCAAAAAGUGAUAUACCAUCCUGUCGAUGUAAGAAUUGGCGGGGGGGGUCUGCACACAGGCUAGAAUUUCAGUCUCAACAAGCCUAAGCUUUCAUUGGACCCCCCUCCCCCCUGGAUCCGCCACUAUUAAGCAGUCAUCAAAAAAGCUUACGCUGACUGAGAAAAGAUUUCUUGUCACAAAAAAGGAUACAGUUACUAAUUCAGGAGAAAUGCAGAGAAACUGCAUGUGCAUAAAAAUAAAUUAAAGAUAAAAAAAUGAUGUUUGGAUGUAGAGGUAAAUGACUACACAUCGAGCUUAAUAUUUUUUAAAGUACUGAGCUUAAUGAUAGAGAGCUUUAGAUUUGAGGACAAGAGUGAGUACGAGUACGAUAUUUAUUUAACGUUUUUUGCAUGUUCUAUAACAAAGACACCCAGGAAAGCUUCAUUUUACUUUUUUUCAACACAAAAGUUAGUAUGGUUAUUUUUACUGAAGGAGGUCUAUCCCUCUCCCAAUGGCAAAAAUUAAUGAUAAAACUUCUCACAUUUGAUAACUUGUUCCCGCCACUAUGACAUUCUCGCUAAAAAAAGCUGUUGUUGAAUGACAACGGCUAUCACGUUUCCUUGCCAAAAUGAUGCAGGCUCAUGCAUGUGCGCUACUUAGUAUUGAGAAAAUCUUGUACUCGUAGUCGUCCUUGUCCUCAAAUCUAAAGCUCUCUUACUGUUGGUGAGUAAUAGUAGAAUUUUUCUAUGUAUUUUCUUUCUUUUUUUCAAAUUUUCUCUAUGUAUUCCAAGGUGCUUGUUAUUUAUGCACCAUUGCCAGUUUCAAAGCAAUAGCAAGCUAACAGUACUUUCUACAUGAUGACCCAGAAAUACCUACACAUACACUUUCCUUGAGCUUUAAUGAUGCUUUACGUUAACGUACAUGUAUUAUUGUAUGUCCUUGGUAAUUAAAUUGCAACUCCAAAUCAUGUUACUGACAUCAAUCACUGCAUCAUAUAAUAUCACCAUAAAACAAUGACAUUGUUUAUUCCUCUCAUUUGCCUGUUGCCUUAUGAUCUCCUUGUCCAUGUAAUUAUCACUACUUGCUGAUCAAUGAUAAAUGUUUCAUGUUUAAGGUGAUAGAGGAAACCAACAUUAGGACAUUCUACACUCCAUCCUCAAAGGUACCACAAGUCAUGGCUUUUUUUUUGUUCUUUUGGGUCUCUCCAUCCCUUCAAUAGACAAGUUAACAAGCCCUGAGAAAGUUGUCAUGUUGCAAUGUGUUAUUCCAGAAAUUUCUCACUACUGCAGUAGGCAAUAUGACUGAAUUCGUGGAUAUGCCAGUUCUCCCAGGUCGAUGUUUCCAAUCAUACUAUGUAAAGCAGAAUGAUUGCUUUCCCAAAAUUCACGGGGUUUUGAAAGUUACAACCUGGAGAAGCAAUGAAUAUCAUGCUCCCCCUUUUUCCCAAAUCAUCUACUACUUUCCCUUUCUAAAAGACAUACCAGUGUUCCAUACGUCCUGACUUACAUAAUAAUAUUGCCACCAUCUUCCAUCUUUGAUUGCAGUAUAAACACAUAUAUAUUUUUUCCUUUUUCUUCACUUUUUUUUUUUGUUUAAUGGUUCGCUGGUUUUGGAUCAAUUCCCGUGAAUUAAUUUUUUUUCGUCAAAAAGAUAAUACAGUGGAACCCUGUUAAUACAGUCACCAAUGGGCAAAAAAAAAAUUGGCAGUAUUAGCAGGGUGGCCAUAUUUACGACAAUUUUUUUUUACAAGAAAAUGUAUGGCUGUAAUAACGAGGUGACUGUAUUACUGAGGUUGCCGUAAGGCAUGGUUUCACUGUUUAAGGUAAAGAAAGACAGUAUUAAUUUACGUUAUCUCAGAAAGGUUCAACUAUAUACAAUCGGCGACAAAAUUGUUGAGACAUUGUACUCAAAUAGGGUAACUUCUGAAACAUAAGAAUCCACACCCCUCCCCUGUCCCCUCCUUUCAAAGUUGGGAUGUUUCUUGUUUUCUAAAGGUAGCUCAAACAGUGGAACAACAUUGCAUGGAGGGGAUGGGGGAGGAAACGCUACCUUUUCCCCUUUUGAAGUCCAGAAAACGUGAAAAAGUCCAUUUAGGGCGAAGUGUCUCAACUCAUUUUGUCGCCGAUUGUAGUUGUGUAACAAUUAUACACAGCUAUAUGUGGAAAUUACAUCCAUGAUAUCUACAAUGUACCAUUACCAUACUGACAAUAAAUCUUUUUUCUCUUUUCUAAUAGUACAAUGUAAAGAGAUCAUUAUAUGGGAACAGGGAAAGGUCAACAAUGGUUGAUCACAUUAGGUAUGUGACUAGUUCUUAAAAGAGUAGGCUGUGAUUCCAUAAAACUUACAGUCUUUCCUAUUUUACAGUAACAAAUAUUAUUAAUAUUUAAAAACACAAUUCAGUCUUGAAGUGGUAAAGGUCAAUUGUGUGGUUGUAGAAAUCAAGAGUGAACCUUCUCUUUGUUUGUAAAAUUCUAGGAGUCAAAGAACUGGUACAUGUAAGAGACUGACUUGUUUUUGUUUGUUUGUGUUUUUUUCUGUAUGCAUUAUCAUGUAGAACAUAUCAGCCAAUUAGAAUGCAGGAUUUGCAGUAGUAAACCAGUAUAAUGUAGCAAUUGCUAUGAGUACUGGUUCUGAUAAGCUAUUAAGAGCUAUCAAAACCAUACUAAACAUUACAACACAUUAAUCUUACUGACCAGACUUUUCUUUUAGGGAUGCCAGGCUGUUUAACAUUGCUGUUGAUACAGAGAAGAAAAAACAACUUGAAAUGGAACAACAGGUAUUUCCUGUGUUUUUACACAACAGAAUCAUCUGAUUGUUUUUGUUUUGUUGUUUUGUUAUUGUUGUUUGAUAGAAUGGCAGGAGAAGUGCUUUACCAAUAAAAGUAAUUCUCUUUGUUGUGAGCCUUUCCAAGCCCUUUGUUUCACUUACUUUUUUUAUCUUUAUAAGUGGUAUUUGUUUCUUCCAUAGGACAUCAAUCAACAAAUGCAGCAGAAAAAUGAAGAAUACAAAACUCUGAGUGAGAGGGAAAGGAUCUUGCAGAAGGAACAAGAGGCUCUGAGGAAUGAAAAGGUUGGUCAAUAAGUAUUAGUUUGAGUGUUCUUCACUCUAAAGACCAACAUUACACCCUUUCCAUAAAGUACAAGCUGCAAUCAUUUUGCAUCGGUCGCCAUGGAAAGUAGAGAAAAGAACUUGGGAGUAAAAUUGCAUCAAAAGUUGCCAGUUUGGUGCCCUGUGUAAAGCAGUCAUGUGCCAAUGUGCAUUUGUAUAAUGUAUUAAUUAGUUAGUGUUUAUGGUUGUCCUGAUACUUAAUAAUGUGUAAAAAUUAGGGCUGUAUGAUACAACAGUCUACAGAAGUGCUCCUUGUAAUGACUACUGUAGCUAUAUAAACAAAACUUCAGCUUUUCCUCCUAUCCAGUAUACAAUAAUUUGCAGAAACCACGUACAUGUACAUGUAGUUGUUGAAAAUUAAGAAAGAAAAAGGUUAUGCAUUCAACACAAUGUGACUCAGCAACCUUCUGCGAAGUAGCUCUCACUUAACUUGUGCUUUCAUUAGAAAGAACUUCAAUCAAAGACACAAAGAAGAAGAACACUUGAGAACCAGUUGGAGACCAAACAAAAGACCUUAGAGGCAGUACAGAAAUCUUCUCCAGACCUAGAGGGGCAAUCAGCAAGAAUACAGCAGCAGAUUGUCAAAAUAAACCAGCAGAGGGCACAAAUUGCUGUUGAAUACAAGGAUGCAGUGCGUGUAAGUUUGACACUGUGUCUCCUUUGUGUUCUAGCAACAAGAAAAACAACCUUAUCCAGGGCUUCUGGAAUUAUGCGGUUUUUUUAGCAAAUUAUGCGCUCUUUUUUGGUGAAUUAUGCGCCAAAAAUCCCCGAAUUAUGCGGGAAUUAGGCAAAUUGUGCAAUAUGGCACAAUACUAUGGUCUUACCCCUUUAAGACACUAGAACAAGACUUAAAAUAAUAGCAAAAAAAUUGGAAUGCAUUACUUCCAGCUUAUUUUUUAUUUAAAAAUGCUGUCUUUCAAACCAAUGGAUCCUUACUGUUUCCAGAAAAAAAAAUAGUGUAAUAGACUUCCUAAACAACCAAACAAUAAAAUAAUUAUUGUUUUACUUAUGUCAGGAAUGCACUAGAGUUGCUAAGGAAAGGAUUACACAGAGCCUUCAACAAGUGCAAACAACUAUCGAGAGAUCAAAAGUAGAAGAGAUGUUUCGCGAAUCAUCACAGCAGCUAAAAGCUCUAGAGGUAUGUGAAGAUGUAAAUGCAUAUGAGUUUAUAAUGCCAUUUCCAGCAUUUCUCUAUUAUUUUUUACUGGACAGACUUUUCUUUGAACAGACAUCCCAAAGGUCAUUUUUGCACUGGUGGGUUGGUAUAACCAAUCAUUUGGGCUUAUAAUUAUAUGCUUUGGGAAACUGGUUUUCACCCUGUGAGCAGGGUCCACUUCUUUACUGAGUUGCGAAAAGGAGGCUAUGCCUGAAUUGCAUCAAACCUCUGAGUCAACAUAACCCAAACUUUUGGACUACAGUCAAUUUUCUUUUCUCUCAUUAAUCUGUUUUUUCCAGUGCAAGCAUCCAUUCAUUGAUGAAAUUGACAGUCCCAUCUUAGCGCACAAUACCAAACACAUGCCUGUUAGGCCUGGGCUUGAAAACAUAUGGCACGUGCUGAACAAAGAUUCAUACUCACUUAACUGAUUCAUCCAGAGUCUUUCUUAAUUAUGCCAAGAUCAAGCAAACAAAAGAAAGGCUUUACCGUCAAGCUGUCUGGUUCUUACAACAAAUUAGUCAGUUUUGUUUUUGUUUUUGAAAAAAAUAAUGCUGCUGAAUCCAACAUCACAUUUCCCUGACAUCAGCUUACAGAAAGGAUUAUUCAUAAACAAUAAGCUAUAGAUGGUAUUACUAUGGCAAAAAGACUGGUCAAAUUGCAGUCUGUCAACUUUUGUCUUGAGGACACCUCGCUUUAACUGACUCAUAUUAUACACAGUUAAGGCAAGGUACAUUAAUGUGGUUUUUAAGUUAUAUUUUUUAGCCUGGCUGUUACAGUUUGACUGCUUGAAAUAUCUCAGUAAUGUUAUAACUUUAUUGUGUUAUGAUCAAUCACAGCAAAGAUCAGGACAAGCGAACUGGCCACAAAACCAAAAACUAAUUAAAAUUCUUGCUUGCGGUUUAGUUUUCUCAUGCCUGAUUGGCUUUUCUCUUGCAAGGCAUUAGCAUUCCAGAAAUAUUUCUGGUGUUCACAGUUGUCCCUGUUUGACUGUAAGAUAGUGGUAUUAAUUUUAAUGGUCACUGAGUCAUGCUUUUAAUGUUUGAUAAGCAUUAUUAUUCUUUUAGGCAGAUUAUCUGAGUAUAUGCAACACAUCUGAAACACAAAAGAAGCAUGCUAAAGAUUUGCAAAAGGUUGCCCAUGAGAAAACUGGAAUUCCUGUUGGUUCAGACAUACCUGAUGAACUUAAAGAGGUUUGUUUGACUGAUCCAUCAUUCUUGAUCCAUCUAAUCAGGGUCCGAAAUUGCGCCUUCCUGGGCGCCAAUGCGACUAAAAAUUUAGUCCUGGCGACCAGAAUUUCAUAGCUGGUCGCCAGCUAGCGACUUGUAAAGCAGGUUGUUACUGUGGACUUUAACGUUCGGAGAAACUGAUUAAGAAUUGAAACCUCAAAGCUAUUUGCCAACAGGAGUCUUACUUUUUGUCCUGCUGAUAUUUUUUAAUUAAAAGUGAAACGAAUCUUCCUGUAAUAAUACCUCCACAACAGCUACGAUCAAUACGAGUUGUACGUUUCCAAGCCGUCAUGUUGUUUUCAGCUGAAAUACAGUAAGUGCAUUAUGUACUUUGGGGACUGGUACGAGUGAUGUGGCACAGUUGUAGCCUGGUACGAGCAACAUGGCGGCUUGACUCGUGUUUACAUAGCCUGCAGUGCAGGCGUAUUUUGGGUGGGCGAAACCUUGUUCAUGUUCGUAAUAUUGUUGUAACCGCCAUCUUUGAUUUUAUGACAGUGGAAGAUUGGGGAGAGUAGAAAUAGUAACCUUUACGGUAGGUGGAAGUUUCAACAUGGCACUUUCGCGAGCAAAUUUGGCGCUCAAAGAAAACGCCUGCACUGCAGGCUAGUGUUUACGUUUCGUGGUAGUUAUCGGAAAAAAAUAGAGUUUUGAUAUGAUCAGUGCAGUCAUGGGCAGACAGCUUUCUGUUCCUACGUUCUAAGUCAGACAGCUUUAUAUCUCCAAAAAGUAAUUUGUGGAAAAAAAAAAGACUUCACUCGUACACGUACGGUUGUUUUCUGGUAUCGGAAGUAGUGCAAUUUUCGAGCAUAAAAACGUCCAUACCAUGCAUUUUUUAUUCGUGUUUAAACUAUUAUUGAAAAAAAAGGGGGGGAAUUUUUGGCGACCACAAUUUGCCCUCUGGCGACCAAAAAUUUAUACUUGAUCGCCAGUUGGCGCCCGUAUUAAAAAGUUAAUUUCAGACCCUGUACUAAUAACUCCUCGUUCCUGGACAAGAUCCAUUGGACCCCCAAAAUAAAAUGUUUUAUCAAUAGAAAGAAUAAAAAAAAAUGUACAGGUUUAUCCAUGGAAAAUUAUUGCGUAUUCUUUAAAUGCUGGAAGGUUGUGCAAGCUUUUGUUUGCUUCAUGUAAGACAUGAGUGGUUUUUAUGGCAAAAUGGAACUAAUUUUGGGCACUAUAAUAAUUGAUAUUGCAGUGCAAGUUGCCAAUUUGGUAGUCUUUGUUGGUAGUUGUUCCAAAGUUGCAGUGUUGUGAUUGGUUCAUAUCUGUGGUCUUUCUAAAUUUGAAGGGAGAUCAUAAAUCCUUUGCAUAAAUGAUCCAUUUUUGUUAUAAUAACCUCUCUCUCUUUGGCAGUUCUGGUAUUAAGCCUUGAGAUGUUGCCAGUGCCUCUAGAUUUGAUUGCAAUAGUUGCUAGUUGUGCAGUCUGUUUUUUAACCCAUGUAAUAUGGCACAAAUUUCUCUUUGUUUAUGUUUUUUAUUUUUCUUCUUGCUGACCAUUUUGUACUGUAAGGCAAAAGGCAACUCAACUUUGAUCAAGUUAAGCUCAGAGUACUGAACUCUUUAUACAUGUAUGAGCAAAAUCACUAUAAUCUAAACAAUUUGGCUAUAAUGUAGAGGAACAAGGAGAAAGUAAUUUCUUGAAAUGGGCUUUCUAGUAAUGUCUUAAACUAAGUGCAUUUUUACCUAGGCCUUCCGGCAAUACCCUGACACACUGGAUGAAAUUGAUAUGAUGAUUCAUGAUGAGAAGGCCAGGAUUGAGUGCCAGUAUCAGAGUAAUCCACAGGUAUGGUUGUAGUUAAGUUAUUUGUUUAUCGUAUCCAAAGCUACUGUAACUAUCUUGGUAGUGUCUUGGUGUUGCAGGUGGGUGCAACCACCAAAUGAUAGACUUUGUACAAAAGAUAAAAAAAAAAAACACUGAAUAAUACUCACACCCAGGGAUCUCACUAAGAUUUCAAGUUGUCGGGUAAAUUCAAAUAGGCAGGGAAUCAAACAGCUAGGGGUUUCUUUUGGUUUUAUUUUUCUUCUGUUUUCGUAUAAAAGUGGCAGGGGGUCACGUUCGUAGUAGCCAGGGGAAAUCCCCUGCCCACACCAUAACACACAUUUCAUGUAUAGAUUAAAAUAAUCUUUGACUUGCCAGGAAGGCAAAGAUGAUGUGCAGGGGAAAGUGAUCACACCUUAUUACAAGGGUACCAAAAAGACAUUUAUCAUUGCUAUGUUUUUUAAUAGGUUAUUAAAGAGUAUGAAAGACGCAAAAAAGAUAUCAGUGACCUUAGUACAAAGGUAUGGUGCUCUUGAAAUGUUAUAGGCUGCUGUUUGCUUUCAUUCUUUGGAAUGGCCUCUGAUGUAGGGGAGAGGAUUGGGCUUGAAUGACUGGUUGCAAGAAUAAUAAAUUGUAAUCAAGGCUCAUGGAUUGAUCCAAAAGCUCUAAUAAUCAUCAUCAUCAUCAUCAUCAUAAUCAUCCUAGGAAUUGCGCACUUACUGAGAAGGUUGCUGUCCAUCAAUUAAAAAUUCCCCUGGUACCUCAGGACCAAGGAUUGGCUCCAGUUCUAGGAGAGUGUAGGAAGCAAUAAUUAAUAGCACUGAAAAUGUUUAUAAUAAUAAUAAUAACAAUAUGAUUUGGGGGGUAGCACAUCCAUAAAGUAGUUUCUCGUCUACCUGAUUCCUGGUCGAAUUGGAAUUUGGAAAUGUUGGUUUGUGAGAAAAACUGGAGUACCCAGAGAAAACCUCUUGGAGCAAAUGAGACAACCAACAACAAACUCAACCCACAUAUGGCAUCGAUGCCAGGAUUUGAACCCGGGCUACAUUGGUGGGAGGUGAGCGCUCUUGCCACUACACCAUCCCUUGCUCCUUCAAAUUCAUUAUCUAUGAAAGUUAUCUUACAGAGAAUCAAAAGUGUUUAACAAAUGUCAUUUUAUAAAUUUGAAAAUAAUUUUAUGUGAACUUUUUUUCUGCUCCUGCAUCCUUCAUUCAUGCCAUUGACCAGAGAGGAUCUUUAAUUCCUGAUAUGAUUUCCUUACAUUUUUGUGUUUGUAAGUGAAGAUACUGGUUUGUUUAUUUGGUUAAUUAGGUCAGUGACCAGGGGAAGGAUUUGGAGAGUGAGCAGACAGAGAUAGCAAGUCUCAAAGAAAGGUAAAUAAUAUUAGUAUUUGACAAUGCAAGUAUUAACACAAACUACAACUUCUGUGUGUAUAUUAUGUAAUAAUUACGCAAUAACAUAGCAGGUUCUUUCCUUCAGCUUCCUACUUUUUUUCCUAAAUUUCUUCGUAAUUUUUCUUCCUAAAUUUCAGGUGGUUAGGACCUCUACAAAAAUUGGUUUCGGAAAUUAAUGUUAAGUACGGCGAGUUCUUUAGAAUGAUGGGCUGUGCAGGGGAAGUGGCUCUUUCUGCUGAACAGGUUUGAUUUAAUGUCAGUUAAUAAUUUGUGCUUUUGGGAACAAAAUGUUAGUGGAAGAGUAAAACUUUGAACUUAUGGUCAGCUUAUCAGGAGUUAAACCCAGAGGCCCUGUAGCUUAAAGGCCUGGGUUGCUUUCAAGAUACCUACUUGUUUAUGAUAAGACUUCAAAACAAAAAAUCCUUAGGAUAAAUUCAAAAACCAAUUUGCCUUUUUUGCAGGGAGAAAACAAUUUUGACAAGUAUGGUAUUCAGAUUAAAGUGAAAUUCCGUUCUAAAGACAGCCUCCAUGUGCUGACACCAUUCCAUCAGAGUGGUGGAGAACGAAGUGUUUCAACUAUGCUGUACUUGAUGGCUCUACAAGAACUCACUAAAUGUCCAUUUAGAGUAGUGGACGAGAUUAACCAGGUGGGUCCUUUACAUUACAUUAAUUUUUACUUUAAGAGGCUGUGUCACAGCUGUCUCGUUCAUUUUCAGGGGCACCCAAUGAUGGUUUCAUUCUAAAUGCAUUGAAUACACUUUUUAGGCUAUCCAGAGAACUCUUAGAUCUCUAGAAAUGCAUUUUAAGGGGCGCUAUAAAAUUUGUAUCUGUUCGGUUCUCCUAGGGCAACUCGAGUCUUUUCGAAAUUACAAGGGCGUCAGUAUUAUUUUCCUAAAAAUUGUAGAUGCAAUCUAAAGCCUUAUGAAAGUAAGAAUUUUUCUGGUUCCUUUCUCCAUCACAUUUUUGAAUCGCAAAAAUUUUAGUGUCCCUUUUCUAAAAAGCUUAAUGUUGGGAGUGAAAUGUGAAAGAUUAAACUUCAGAAAAUCAUAGGGAAUUUAGUGAAUAGACUUCGAAAAUUGUACAUGAAUGUAACUGUCAUCUAGACAGUUGUAGCUUUGCCUCCAGCUAUGGAAAAUUUUAGCCAAUUUUUGCUCCUCCGAGCCCUUGCCCCUGCAUUUUGCUAAUAAUUAUUAUUGCCAAUUACGCUUCCUUAUUGAUUAUGGAACUGAAUGUUAAUGAAGAACUUACUUGUAAACAACAAAAUCACAGCUUCUUAAAAAAAUAUAUACCCCAAGUAUUAUUUUAAGCAUUACAAACAAUUUUAAUCUGGUUCAGUCUUCUUCACGUUUGUCCAUCCAUGCCUCCUCUUGUAUUUACGGUGGUAUUAAUACCUCCUUUUAAUGUUUGGAGCGAUUAUUUUUAUGUUUCACUCAAUUUUGUGGCAGGUCCUACUGUUAGAAUUUUGAUAGAGUUACUGACACAGCUCCCACAAACUCAAUUCAGUCAGACUCAAUUUCUCUCUCCAUUUGUUGAGUGGUUUUGAGAGACUGUUGAAACCCUUUGUCAAAUGGUUACAGCAUCCCCCCAACAAACACCUGGUACAGAAAAUGAUGUUUGUUUACAGUGGGAGGAGGCAUUAUUUUAGUAGAAGCAUGCCCUUUUGCAUGUCUAAGAAAGCUACAUAAUGGUAAUAUUGAAACCCUUUGAAAUGCCAUUAUGUAAGACAAUCAGCAAAAGUUUUUUUCAUCAAUCAAUAAUUUAUCAUUGAGAACCAUUCUAAUGUGUUGGAUUUUUCAGGGUAUGGAUCCCAAUAAUGAGAGGAGAGUAUUUGAACUUGUAGUGAAGACAGCUUGCAAGGAGAACACCUCACAAUAUUUCCUCAUAACACCAAAGGUAAGACUUUAUCUGCCACCUUUUUCUGAGUCAAAGGCAUGAGACUUCCUUCUGUGUCCUUCUUGUCAUGACUGGGAUUUCACAAAACAUCCCAGCAUGCAGCUUCUGAAGAUCUUUGACAAUUUUUCAAAGACUUCUGAACAUUACCGGAAAUGUCCGAAGGUGUUCCCGACGACCUUUGAGCACUUCCAAAGCUGUUUAAAAGGCAACAAUUUUAGCGUGGGUUUGAUACAGUUAGGACACAAGGUGAACAUUAAGCACCUCUUUGGAAUGUUUUCAGGAAAAUUGAAUUGAACUUUUUUAUUGAUCAUGUGUUAACAUCAACAUGAAAGUUGCUUUUUACAAUGUAAUUAUAGUUUACAGCUGUAAAACAUAAUCUUUGUGUUUUGUUUCAGUUGUUACCAGAUUUAACAUACACAGACAAAAUGACGAUUCUGUGUGUCUUUAAUGGGUACUAUAUGGUUCCGCACACCCAGUGGAGCAUUGGAAAAUUUAUUCAAAGAAAGAAAGCCUUGCAGGUGUAA